AUGAAUUUAUCUGCCAGAUCCUAUAUGCCAACUUAAAAGUCAAUAUCGCCAUUGAUUGAUCGGACCACCAAGAAGCGCACUCUUACAAUUCAAGAGCUUACCAAGUCAACAAAAACCACAAAUAAGUUAAUUACAGAAAAAUCCACUGAAAAAAAAUUGACAUCCAAUAGUUCUCAAGAAACUUCAGAAACCUGUUUAACUAGGAAUGACUCUGCAUAGGACAACAACAGAUUGUAGUAAUUGAAAAUUAGAGUGUUAACAGAAAAAGUCUAACAGAUUGAAAAAUUUGAUCUCUGCAAAACUACACUGUUACUGAAAGAGCUCCAAUACUAUCGUGCUAAGCAUUUUAAUAGUUCAAAUACUUCAGUGAUGGCUGCUUUAGCUUUAGCACGUAAUUGA